UUAAGCCGGAUAGAGCGGGAGACAAUGGAUGGCAGGUCAUCAUGUUCGCCGGUGCUAGGGAAAGCAAACAACCAAUGUCAAUGUCAAUUUCAAUUCUCUCGUCAAAUGUUGGGGUUUCCCACUCAAGAAAAGAAAUCAAAAUCGAACAAACAAAGAAAAAAGAAUCCAACGGCAAAUUCGGUGGAUUGAAUUCCUCCUUUUCUUUCUUUCUUUCUUCCUUUUGAUUGCUUUUCUCUCUCUCUCUCUCUCUCUCUAUCUCUAUCUCUCUCUCUCUCUCUCUCUUCGCCAUUGACUUUACAGAUCUUCUCACUGCCAGUGGCAGCCAGAAAUGGUAGUCCAGUGGACUCGCUUUUCCUCAUUAUAUUUAGACGGAUGUGAAGCCGGAAAGGAGCAUUGUGUUGUUUCUAGUAGGAGGAAGAGAAGCGGAGAUGCUAGCGGCGGCGGCGGUGGUGCUGCUCGCGGCCGCAGAGUGGUGUGUGUGCGGUGGCGAGAUCGUAAAUGAGGCGUCUUUGAGCGGAUGGUGGGGCGGUUACCCGGAGGUGGUGCUCUCUCACUCGGAGUUGCCGGCGGCAACUUAUGUUAGGAGGCCGGCGGCCACCGGAGCUCUGAUGGUCAACCUCACCCUCAUUCGAGUUCGCGAUCCUAAAGAAUCAGAUGAAUCAUCAGCCGUCUGUUUGGAUGGAACGCCACCUGCUUACCAUAUUGAUCGUGGGUUUGGAUCUGGCAAAAACAAAUGGCUCGUCGAUUUGGAGGGAGGGGGAUGGUCUUCUACUCUUAGAGAUUGUAUUUACCGCAAAAGAACUCGCCAUGGUUCAUCGAACCUUAUGGAGAAGCAAAUACCCUUUACGGGAAUACUGAGCAAUCAACCUAAUGAAAAUCCAGAUUUUUUCAACUGGAACAGAGUCAGGAUUCGUUAUUGUGAUGGUGCAUCUUUCAGUGGGGAUGGUCAAAUUGAGAAUGCUCAGCUUUAUUUCCGAGGACAAAAUAUCUGGGAAGCUGCUAUGGAAGAACUAAUGUCAAUAGGCAUGCGCUCUGCUGACCAGGCUCUUCUUUCUGGAUGCUCUGCUGGGGGUCUAGCAUCCAUAAUACACUGUGAUGAGUUUCGGGAUUUGUUUCCAAAUACUACUAAAGUCAAAUGCUUAAGUGAUGCUGGAUUAUUCCUUGAUGUACUUGAUGUAUCUGGUGGGCGGACCCUUAGAGGUAUGUUUGAACAAGUUGUUAGCUUACAGGGAGUCCAAAAGAAUCUGCCUGAGACUUGUACCAGUCAUCAGAAUUCAACUUCGUGCUUCUUCCCUCAGAAUUUGAUUGCGAAUGUGAAGACUCCACUUUUUCUUCUAAAUGCAGCAUAUGAUGUGUGGCAGAUCCAGUCCAGCUUGGCUCCAAAAUCAGCUGAUCCUUUUGGACAUUGGAAAUCAUGCAAAUUAGACCACAAAAAUUGCAACCCGCCACAGAUAAAGAUUCUUCAAGGCUUCAGGAUGCAAAUGCGCAAGGCUGUAAAAAAAUUCUCAAUGUCUAGACAGAAUGGUUUAUUUAUAAAUUCUUGCUUUUGUCACUGCCAAACUCAGCGGCAAGAUACAUGGUUUUCUCCUGAUUCUCCCCGCAUUCAAAAGAAGACAAUUGCAGAGUCUGUUGGCAAUUGGUAUUUUGAUCGAGCACAUGUCAAUGUUACCGAGUGUCCAUAUGGUAAAGGCUGUGGUAAAACCUGUCACAACCUAGUCUUCAAGCGAGUGAAGUGAUGAUAUUGCCGCAGCUCCUAAUGCUUGGUCCUCAUACUUUGUAUUUUCAUUUUUAGUACCAUCCUUCAAAUCGUCAGUCCUAGUAAUUAUUAACAUUGAUUUAUUAGUAUAAUAUAAAGGGUUUUCGUGAAAAGUAUCUCUCAUUAUCACAAUCUUUCUGAUUUAUAAGUGAGUAUUGAAUCUCAAUAUAUUGAUAUUGGUCUUGUUUCAAA